AACAAUUUUGACAUGUAAUGACCAACUAGCAAAAAAAAUACGCAAGAAAUGGGGAAGCCCCAGAAGUUGUCUUCAAUCCUCUGGCUCUGCCAUUUGACCAAUCUAUACUUCAUUUCUUCUGCAAGUUCUUCAUGCCUUGUUGAUUUUGGUUAUGUCAACACAUUACCAUGGAAAAAAUCAACAUGUACAGAUCAACCUAUAGACAAAGUGAAUUGUUGUCAAACCAUCCAAAGCCUCCUUGGUGUUGGCCUUGCAAAAUACCUCAACAAAACUUCCAUGUUCUAUUUUCCGGAUUCACAGACUGCGACUUCUUGCAUGUCAGACUUCAAUAGAAGGCUUACAUCGCUGUCGAUUAAUGUUUCGUGCACGAGUGGAUUGUAUGAUGAGUUGGUGGUUAACAGAACAAGUAAUUGUGGUGGAAUUACUACUCUUGAAGAUUGGAAAAAAGAAGUUGGCCUUAGUGAACUAGACUCGACUUGUAAUGGGGAACUUUUGACUCCCACGCGGUGCAAUGCUUGCUCUGAUGCUGGCCAAAGAGUGGCUCCAACUUUGGCAUCGAUGAAAGCAAAUUCAACAAGAUGUUUCUUUUACACUUGUUUGUAUGCUGCAGGAAUUGUUAAUCAAGAUGGCCCCGAGGAUAUUGCAACAGCUUCUUGUAUACUAGGUCUGGCUAUGGUUGAGUCGGCAUCUAAGAAGAAAAAUGUAGUUUACAAGAUUGUUUUUGGAUCAUUAGGGGCAAUUCUUGGAGUUUUGACAACUUGGGGUCUCAUUAUUCUUUAUCAGAAAUUGAAAGAGGGAAGAAGAUUAGCAGCGUUGCGUGAAGAAUAUGUAAGGGGUGUUAAGGCCAAGGUUUUGCCCAACACGGGAGCAAAAUGGUUUCAUGUAGAUGAGCUUGAGCAGGCUACCAAAGGGUUCUCAAAGAAAAAUCUAAUAGGGCAGGGCGGAUUUGGAGUCGUUUACAAAGGCACACUUUUGGACGGCACCAUUGUUGCAGUUAAACAGCUUCUUGACAUGGAUAUAAAUGGGGAUGAUCAAGAAUUUACUAACGAGGCAGAAAUUAUUAGCAAAAUCAGGCACAGGAAUCUUCUUGCUUUACGAGGAUUUUGUGUCACUAGUGACGCGAGUAAAGGUAAUAGAAGGUAUCUUGUUUAUGAUUUCAUGCCAAAUGGUAGUUUAGAUGAGCAUUUAUUCAAUGAUGAACAAGAAGAUUCUAUUAGUAGGCCGCCACUGGAUUGGCCUGUGAGACAGAAAAUUAUAAUUGAUGUCGCCAAAGGGCUGGCUUACUUGCAUUAUGGAAUCAAACCAGCCAUUUAUCACCGUGAUAUAAAGACCACAAACAUACUUCUAGAUUCAGAAAUGAAAGCAAGACUAGCAGACUUUGGAUUGGCAAAACAAACCACUGAAGGAGAAUCUCAUCUCACAACUCGAGUAGCUGGCACGUACGGGUACCUAGCUCCAGAGUAUGCUCUUUAUGGGCAACUAACCGAAAAGAGUGAUGUCUAUAGCUUUGGUAUCAUAAUUCUUGAGAUCUUGAGUGGGAGAAAAGUACUUGAGACAUCCUCAACAUCAUCAAGACUAUUAAUCACUGAUUGGGCGUGGGAUCAUGUCAAGUCAGGAAACGUUGAUGGCAUUUUUGAUAUUCGAAUGGGGGAAAGUGGAUCAAAAGCAGUAAUGGAAAGAUUCGUACAUGUUGGUAUACUCUGUGCUCAUGUAAUGGUGGCUCUAAGGCCAACGAUUUCUGAAGCUUUAAAGAUGUUGGAGGGAGACGUAGAAGUUCCAAUGUUACCUGAUAGACCAUUGCCGCUUAGCCACGAGUCACUAAGAUAUAUCCCACAACUUGCCACAUCAACAGUGGAUACAUCAGGAGGAAGAUCAAGCCUUGGUAUAUCUGGGAGCAGAUCAAGUAGUGACAUAUCAAAAGCUCGGUCUAGCAUUUAGCGUGUGAGCUGGGACAUGGCAAACAAAAUAGUUUUUACUUCAAAUUUUUUCUUUUAAGUUUCACAAUCAUAAAUAGAAGGUACAAAAGGCAGCUAUGCUUUAUUCAGGGAACAAAGAAUUGGUUUGCUACGAUGCACAAUGCAAAAGUAAUUGUUUUCUUAUUUAUUUCAUC